AUGAUGAAAUUUCUACUAAUUCUUUCAAUCUAUGCUGUUUGUUCAGUCUCAGCGCUUCCAUUUACUUUGAAUAAUUUGGAAAGAAUCUUCGGACCAUUCAAUAGACUUAGACUAAGUCCCGAUGCACGAAUUGUUGGAGGAGAUGCAGCAAACAUUACUGACUAUCCAUACCAAGGAAGCUUAAGAAGAUCAGGAAGUCAUAUUUGUGGAUGCAAUGUGAUCAGCUCAUUUUUUAUAUUUACAGCAGCACAUUGUACGAGUGGAGCAGAUGCAUCAUCAUUAUCAGUUCGUGUUGGAACUAGCUUUAUGGGACGAGAUGGUCAAGUUUUUAAUGUUUCAGAAAUAAUCCAGCAUCCACAAUUCAAUUCAUGGAAUAUUGAUUAUGAUUUCUCGCUCCUUAGACUUCAAACAGAAUUAACUUUCAGUGACAGUGUCCAACCUAUACAAAUUCCAUGCUCAGGAGAGGACUUCCCUGAUGGAACAAUUGUUUCAACAUCUGGCUGGGGAGCUACUCAAAAUUCAAGCAUUCCAAAUGAUCAAUUAAGAGUUGUUUAUGUUGUGAUUAUUAAUCAGCAAGUCUGCGUCGAUGCUUAUCUUAAAAUUAGUGCUGAAGUCACUAAAAGGUGCUUAAUUGUUGGAUACCUAAUAGAAGGUGGUAAAGAUGCUUGUCAAGGUGACUCUGGUGGACCACUCGCUUCUCCAAACACAAGCACCUUUAUAUCUGAUGGGAGAGUUCUGAUUGGACUUGUUUCAUGGGGCUACGGCUGUGCAAGACCAAACUAUCCAGGUGUUUAUUCAAGAAUUUCAGCAGUUAGUGACUGGGUUAUGCAAAAAACUGGAAUCGAUACUUGUUAUCGAAUUGGCCAGGAUGAUUAUCAACUUUACAAAAAUCCUUUACUAAGAGAUAUUGAAGUUAAAUGA